GUUGAGUUUACCGAAAGUACAAGCUGAAUAUAGCCGCAAAUGUCAAAAAAAUUUCGGUUUGGCAGUGUUGGCAUGUUUUUUGUUUUUACACAAUGCAUAUUAUGUGUGUGAUCACAUCCACAUCACAAAUUACAUUAAUGGUAUGUGUUUUAUAUGUUAAAUAUGGAAUUUAAAGUUGAAAUUAAGGAAGAGUUUGUUGAACAUGACCGAAAAGAUACAGAGAACCAGCUAUCCACAUCAAUAGAUCUGGAAAACUUCAAAAAUGAAUUAGAAGAUAACUCAGAAAUUGGAGUACACACUAAAAUUAAGGAAGAUUUUGCUGAAGGUUGUCAAGGAUAUAUAGAGAGUCAGCUAUUUACAUCUCCAGAUGUUGAAGAUUUGAUUAAUAAAGCAGAUGAAGAUAACUCAGGGUUUUCUCCAAACGGAAUGGAAAUCAUAAAAACUGAAGUUAUAUGCACUACAGAACAACAAAUAUAUUCAAACACUGAAGAAACAACAUUAAAAAAUUCUAUCUGUAAAUGUACAAUUUGUUUUAAGCAAUUUGGCCUGGAAGGUUCUUUGAAACGACAUAUAAAAACGCACACUACAGAAAAGCUUUACAAGUGCGAAAUUUGUGUUAAACACUUUUCUCGAAAAGAUCAUUUGAAGAUACAUAUGAGAUUACACACUGGGGAAAUGCCUUAUAAGUGUGAAAUUUGUUUUAAACAGUUUGCUCAAGCACACGUGUUGAAAAGUCAUUUAAGAGUGCACAUUGGAGAAAAACCUUACAAGUGUGAAAUUUGUUUUAAAGAGUUUACUGUAAAAGCUGAAUUGAAGAUACAUAUGAGAUGUCACACUGGGGAAAAGCCUUAUAAGUGUGAAAUUUGUUUUAAACAAUUUACACGAACAAGUCAUUUGAAAUCACAUACAAAAGUUCACAGUGGAGAAAAGCCUUACGUGUGUGAAAUUUGUUUUAAGCAGUUUACUCGAGCACCCGAUUUGAAACGUCAUUUCAUAGUGCAUACUGGGGAAAAGCCUUACAAGUGUGAAAUUUGUUUUAAACAUUUUACUCGAGCACCCGAUUUGAAACGUCAUUUGAGAGUGCACUCUGGGGAAACGCCUUAUAAAUGUGAAAUUUGUUUUAAACAGUUUAAUUAUAAAAGGUAUUUCAAUCAACAUACGAAAAUUCACAUUGGAGCAAAGUCUUAGGAGUGCGAAAUUUGUUUUAACCAGCUUACUCAAGCACGCAGUUUGAAAAGUCAGUUGAGUCUGCACACUGGAAGAAAGCCUUAGGAGUGUGAAAUUUGUUGUAAACAGUUUACACAAGCAUGUCAUUUGAAACCUUAUUUGAGAAUACAGAUACACACUAUAGAAAAAGUUAUUUAAUCUAAUACCAUGGUGUACAAAAAGGGGUAUACAUAUGUGAAAUUAUGAAUAUAAUUUCAGUGUAUGAGGACUGUAUUACAUAGGGCUGUUUCAAAUAAAUUAGGAUCUGUAAUAAAGGGUUAUUCAGAUCAUAUCAAAUCAAGUUUAUAAAAAGUCUUACGAUAUUUCUACUGCACACACACUCGCUUUAAUUACAGGCUUUCACUCCCGGUUGUUCUUUGUACGGGGAAACUGUCUUUACCGGUUUUGAAAACGUAUCUCACGGUACUAACACUGAGAUCACGAGAAACAGCACAUCAACAGGGAGGAGAGCGUACGUCUGUUGCUAACGAUAGUCGACAGGGAAGAGAAGAGAGUACGUCUGCUGCUAGCGAAACUCAGCAGGCGAGAGGGCGUCUGUUCCUAGCGAUAGAAACUGUCUGUAUUUCUAAUGGGGUGGGUUGAAGUUUGCAGUAGGAAGUAUUAUCAAGGGUUGGACUAAGGGUUUUCUCAGAACGGAAUGGCAAUCAUAAAAACUGAAGUUAUAUGCACUACAGAACAACAAAUAUAUUCAAAAACUGAAGAAACAACAUUUAACAAUUCUAUUUGUAAAUGUACAAUUUGUUUUAAGCAAUUUGACCUGGAAGUUUCUUUGAAACGACAUAUAAAAACGCACACUGCAGAAAAGCUUUACAAGUGCGAAAUUUGUGUUAAACACUUUUCUCGAAAAGAUCAUUUGAAGAUACAUAUGAGAUUACACACUGAGGAAACGCCUUAUAAGUGUGAAAUUUGUUUUAAACAGUUUGCUCAAGCACACUUGUUGAAAAGGCAUUUAAGAGUGCACACUGAAGAAAAACCUUACAAGUGUGAAACUUGUUUUAAAGAUUUUACUGGAAAAGCAUUGAAGAUACAUAUGAGAUGUCACACUGGGGAAAAGCCUUAUAAGUGUGAAAUUUGUUUUAAACAGUUUAGACGAACAAGUCAUUUGAAAUCACAUACAAAAGUUCACACUGGAGAAAAGCCUUACGUGUGUGAAAUUUGUUUUAAGCAGUUUAGUGAGGCAAGUAAUUUGAAAACACAUUUGAAAUAUCACAGUGGAGAAAAGCCUUACGAGUGUGAAAUUUGUUUUAAGCAGUUUACUCGAGCACCCGAUUUGAAACGUCAUUUGAGAGUGCACACGGGGGAAAAGCCUUACAAGUGUGAAAUUUGUUUUAAACAGUUUUCUGGAAAAGAUCAUUUGAAUAUACAUAUGAGAUUGCACACUGGGGAAACGCCUUAUAAAUGUGAAAUUUGUUUUAAACAGUUUAAUCAUAAAAGGUAUUUCAAUCAACAUACGAAAGUUCACAUUGGAGCAAAGUCUUAGAAGUGCGAAAUUUGUUUUAAGCAGCUUACUCAAGCACACAGUUUGAAAAGUCAGUUGAGUCUGCUCACUGGAGGAAAGCCUUAGGAGUGUGAAAUUUGUUGUAAACAGUUUACACAAGCAGGUCAUUUGAAACCUUAUUUAAGAAUACAGAUAUACACUACAGAAAAAGUUAUUUAGUCUAACACCAUGGUGUACAAAAAGGGGUAUACAUAUGUGAAAUUAUGAAUAUAAUUUUUAGUGUAUGAGGACUGUAAUACAUAGGGCUGUUUCAGGUAAAUUAGGAUCAGUAAUAAAGGGUUAUUCAGAUUAUAUCAAAUCAAGUUUAUAAAAAGUCUUAUAACUUAACUCUAUUAAUCUCUCUCUCUCUCUCUCUCUCUUAAUCUUAACGAUAUUUCUACUGCACAUACACAAUCGCUGUAUUUACAGGCUUUCACUCGCGGUUGUUCUUCGUACGGGGAAACUGUCUUUAUAUAUGUUCAUACUAAUGUUCAUAAACCUGUUAUAAUUACGGGUGACUUUAAUGUCCAUUUUAAUGAAACAGAUAUCAGAGCUUUAAAACUCUCUAAUUUUUUUAGAUCUUACAAUAUUACAAAAAAAGUUAAAUUUAAUACUCGAGGUAAUAGAUGUCUUGAUAAUGUUUUCGCAAAUAUUGAUGGUACCACAAAACCUGUGGAUCUCACUCACAUAUCUGACCACAGAGGUAUUUCCUUUCAGAUAGCUUACUCAUCCACAAAUUGUGCAACCAGAGUUUGUUAUAGACCUAUCACAGAUGAAGGACUCUUUAAUAUGAACCAGAUUUUGCUAAAUUGCAACUUUAAUUUUGUAUACAAUGAUAAUUUGGAUAUUAAUUUAAAAUGCUAAUUGAUGUGUUAUUAAAUUCCAUAAAUAUCUCUUUUCCAGAAAAAUCUAAAUUGCUAAAUAAAAAUAAUCCAGGUAAAAAAGUAAACUGGUUGCUCUACCACAAUGUGUAACCGGAGCGAAGAUUCUGGGGAUAUAUUUGGAUGCAGGAUUAACCUGAGAACAACAUAUAGUUAAUCUAUCGAAAAAGCUUUCCCGACAACUUUUUCUCUUCAGGAACCUUGUACAAAUGACUUCCAGGGAAACUAUUUUAACAGCUUAUCAUAGUAAUUUUCAUUCUCAUCUGACAUAUGCUAUUCUCUCCUGGGGUCACUCUUGUCAUAUCGCUAAAGUGUUUGCACAACAAAGAAAGUGUGUUCGUAUUAUCUCUGGGCUCUCUUAUAGAGCAGACUGUAGAAACUCCUUUAGAGCUUUAAAAAUUUUAACUUUACAUUGUGUAUACAUUAUGCAGUGUCUGUUGCACAUUAAACAAAAUCUUAGCCAAUACAAUGCGCAUGUAGAUUUUCACAAUUAUCCCACCAGAUUUAACAAUAAUCUUAUACCAGAAUUUAGCCGUCUUGAGAGAUCCAGAAAUGGUUCAAGGUAUUUAGCCAUAAAAUUCUACAACUUAGUGCCAGCUAGAAUAAAAGCUCUUAAUUUUCAUCAGUUUAAGGCAAAAAUUAAGAAUUAUCUUAUAGUGAAUGCUUUUUUUACAUAUGAGGAGUAUUUUACUUCCAAUUUUAAUUUGUUGUAAUUGUUAACAGUAUAAUUUAAAACAAUGUAUCUAUGUUUUAUGUUUAUAUUUAUGUGCAUAUUAACUAUAUUGACAUAUAUUUUAUUAUUUUUUUUUUUUGACUAGUAAAUUAGU